AUGGCCCGGCAUGUGGACGUCCUGAUCUGUGGGAGCGGCUCCGCUGGGAUCUGCGCAGCAACAUGGCUCGCCCGAUAUGGGCUUCGGUGCAAGAUCCUCGAAUCACGGCCUGGCCCAUUGGAGAUUGGGAAAGCUGACGGCGUGCAAUGUCGCACCGUUGAGGUCUUCGAGAGCUUCGGCAUCGCCGAAGAAAUGCUUCGCGAGGCCUACCAUGUUUUAGAAGUUGGUUUCUGGGGGGCUGAUGCCAAUGGAAAUCUGGUCCGGACCGGCAGGACAGCAGAUACAGCGCCAGGACUGUCACAUCAGCCACAUGUGAUCUUGAACCAGGCACGGGUCAAUGGGUUGCUACUAGAUGCGAUGAAGGGUUUUAAUGGACAGACCGUGGAUUAUGGUUACGAUGUUAAGGGAGUCCAGGUUGACAGCAGGUUGGCUGCCGAUCCAGCUGCGUAUCCUGUGACCGUGGUCGCUCUGAAGGACGGAGUUGAGGAAACCUUCAUGGCUAAAUAUGCACUGGCCUGUGAUGGGGCACACAGCGCUGUGCGUAGAUCUCUUGGUUUCAAGAUGAUUGGUGAUAGCAGCGAUGCUGUCUGGGGCGUAAUGGACAUCUUUCCACGGACGAACUUCCCAGACAUCCGCAAAAAAGCAACUCUCCAAUCUCGAUCAGGAAACCUCUUGAUAAUCCCUCGUGAAGGCGGCUCCAUGGUACGCUUUUACAUUGAGUUGCCGCAGGGGGCUGUGGCCAAGGAUGUCCAGCUUCCCGAGCUGCACUCAGUGGCAUCACGAAUUUUCUAUCCCUAUCAACUUGAAAUCGCAGAGACUUUCUGGUGGUCCGCCUACGCCAUCGGACAACGCCAGGCCGAUUUCUUCUCCAAGGACAACCGUGUCUUCCUCACUGGCGAUGCCUGUCACACACACUCACCAAAAGCAGGACAGGGCAUGAACACGAGUCUACAAGAUGGAUACAAUAUUGGCUGGAAGCUAGCACACGUCCUACAAGGCCGAUCGUCGCCAGAUCUUCUCAAGACGUAUGUUUUAGAGCGUCAAAAAGUGGCCGCUGAUCUCAUUGAUUUUGACCGUGAAUUCAUGAAGGUCUUUAGCUCGGAGGCGGCGGCGAAGGAGGAUGGAUCGACGGAGGCGUUUAAGGAGUAUUUCAUCAAGGCAGGACGGUAUACAGCGGGCUUGACAGCGAGAUACGGGAACUCACAGAUCACGAAUGCGAAGGGUAGCACGCAGACUUUGGCGACUAACCUCGUAGUCGGGAUGCGCUUUCCGAGCGCCCAGGUGGUAAGGUUCUGCGACGCAAACGCGAUGCAGCUGGUGAAAGCUUUGCCGGCUGAUGGACGCUGGCGAGUUGUUAUCUUCGCAGGCGAUAUUAGUGAGCCUACCAUUGCCGCCAGACUUGAAGAGUUAGGAGCCUAUCUGUACUCCCAAGCUGGUCCCGUCAAGUCUCACACGCCCUCCGUCACAGAUAUUGACUCCUUUAUUGAGCCGAUUGUGGUCCUCUCUGGGCAGCGUCUCAGGAUCGAGCAGGAACACAUCCCAGGUUGCUUCUGGCCUGUGACUGGGAAGUGGAAAAUGCGAGAUUUGCAUAAAGUAUAUUUUGAUGAUGAGAGCUAUAAUUCAGGACAUGGAAGGGCAUAUGAGUUUUAUGGUAUUGCACCAAGCAACGGCGCAGUGGCGAUCGUGAGGCCAGAUCAAUACAUUUCAAUGGUUACAGGGAUGGAGAACUAUAAGGCUAUUGGAGACUUCUUUGCAGGAUUAUCUCUACCGAAGUAG